GAGAAUGCUGUCGUUGCUGUCGAAGAAUCUUGUGUCCUUGAUGUUAAGUCUGGAACAGUGCUGAUUAUUUCUUCCGGUCGUGUUCUUGUAUUUAAUUGUUCUUUAAAAGCCAGGUAUCUGUUCUGCAACUGAAAGUCUUGUUUAGCUUUUUCAUCGUCCCGAAGAUCGUUUCGAGAAAGCAAGUCAUCCAUGUUGCCUUGUAUUUCUUGCACAGCUGGAAGAAGCGGGACAGGUGAAAGAGUUUGCUGCUUCAGAUAUUUUAGAAGCUCUUGAGGAAUAUUUUCUUGAAACCUUGCUUGGUUAAAGCCUUCUUCACUGGGCAGGACGUUUGUUCGCAACCGACAAUUAUCUUGGGUACGUAGUAGUUUUCAGAUCAAUCAGAGGAUAACCAAAAGGUCUUUUUACAGCCUCUUCGUACUGAUUUAAAAAGAAAUCAGUUUGUCCGGGAUACAUUUGCUUGGCCAGAGUCAAGAUUUGCAAUUUGACUCGUGGAUUCUUCAAUAACACCAAAUAAUGACUGUUUAGGCUUAUGCUGCGGCUACCUUUCCCCUGAUGAAAUAGAUUCUGCACGAUAUAAAUCACGCUCAGAUUGCGAUGAUGAGAACCACGAGUAAAGAGGUUCACAAUUCGCUUGUCUUUACUGGCGUCAAUCACCUGAUCAUCAAACACGAUCAAAUUCCGUUUGUUGACAUCAAAAUAGGAAUCCUGCUCCAAAGCCGUAGGAAUUCCCUUGACGAAUUCAAUGUGUGGCAUGGAGACUAACAUUUGUGUAUACGCAGGCUGCCAUUGUGAAUAACACCAAACGAUCCUCUCCGGGGGAGGGUAAAUGGUCUCUGAAGCUUGUUGCAAUAGAGAUCGAACCCAGGCCGUUUUUCCGGACCCGGUCAUUCCGGCAAUCAUGGAGGUGAAAGGAUGCUCGACGCGAAACCGCUGACAUUUCUGUGAAAACCUUGGAACUGUUUGAAAUGGGAUGAGACCAGCAUUGCGGUGUUUAGACAUCACGUGCCUUUGCAUACCAUCUUUUCUACUUAAUGAUGUUUCGCAGACAGAACAGAACCAAUUCAUGUCAACUCCUCAGGAGUAAAAUGUAGACUGAGAUAGAGGUAGAUGUUGCGCAUUUAUAUAGGUUUUCAGGCCAUAAAAAUCUAUUGUUUUCCUCCCCCAAGACCACCACCACCACCUUUCAAUUGUUUUCCCUCCACCACCACCACCGCCACCACAUUUCUAUUGUUUUUCCUCCAUCACCACCACCGCCACCACAUUUCUAUUGUUUUCCUCCACCACCACCACCACAUUUCUAUUGUUUUCCCUCCACCGCCACAUUUCUAUUGUUUUCUUUCCACCACCACCACCACCGCUACCACAUUUCUGUUGUUUUUCCUCCACCACCACCACAUUUCUAUUGUUUUCCCUUCACCACCACAACCACCUCAUUUCCAUUGUUUUCCCUCCACGAGAUUCUAUAAGAGACUACCAACUGCCAUUCUUAGUUCAUUUUGUAGCAAUGUCUCGUGUAGUCAACAACAAUCGUGGUUUUCUUCAACUAUUAGCUGACUGCCCUGCUUAUCAGCGCCAGUUUCUUGUAAAGACAGCUACUCCACAGCAGCUACAUGCACUAGUCCAAGUCUUAUACAGUAUAGUCAUGGGACACAUUCCCAUCCUCGAAGAAAAUAAGCGGAUAUUGCCGCCAUAUAAGGAUGCCUUACUUAACCUGGCCAGUCCAAAUGUCCCUUACAAAACAAAGAAGCGAGUCCUUGUACAAGAGGGUAGUGGUUUUAUUGAAGAUGUAUUAGCCCCUGUUGUUUCAAGCUAAGGAUUUCUAAUGCUAUAAGAGAGGUGACGCAACGGCAAGUUGAUAAUUUGAUGCUAAGUCUGUCACGGUUACUCAUCAAAAUGAAGAGAAAGAUAGAUUUGGUUGAAGAAGAACACGAGAGUGAACAUGAAGAAAGCGAAAGUUCUGUUGAUGAAAGCGAGGAUGAAGAACCGAGAAUAAAAGAAGAACCAAGAAUAAAAGAUGUUUUGAGUCAUCUUUCCCGUGCAGUGCCGGAAAAGCGUACUUCUGAUUUGCUGCAUAGUAUGGCUGCGUCCAAAGAUAUUCUUUUCUGGACUCCCAGUGGACAAUUACGUCGAAAUAAACGCACUAUUCCCGUCACAAACAUCGCUGAGCUAGUUGAGUAUGUGUUACUCCCUCAUAACAAUGAGGUUACCAAGCCUCGUACGCUGAAUACGUUUCUAGAUGGACUUGCAGAGUUAGGAAUCGAUUAAGGUUUAAUCAAGAACAAAAAGUUGUUAAGUGAAUUAAUAGAAAAGGAAAACGACUACCAAAAUGUAGAAAAUACUUCCGAUAACGAGAGUAAUAAUGAGGAGAGUUCAUCGGAUAUUGAAAAUCAGGAGGAGGAGGAAGUGGCUUCUGAGAAUGGCGUUGAAGCUGAAGGCACCCAAGAGAGCGACAACGACUUUGAAAACGACAGUCAGGAAACAGAAAGUAGUAGCCCUGAAACGUCCACCGCCUUUCACUCUAAAAGUCCCUGUGAACAUUGCGAGAACUCUAUUGUGUACUGGACAUUGAUCAGGAAAUGUCCU